GUCAGUUUCCUGGGGGGGAAGACAAGCAGUAAAGGACUCUCCAUUCUGUUACGGAUGAGCUGUACAUUUAUGAUUUUUUUUUUUCCCCCCUAUUAAUAUCAAGUAGAGAUGGCAUACCAACUUUACCGAAAUACUACGCUUGGCAACAGCCUUCAGGAAAGUCUGGAUGAGCUCAUUCAGUCCCAGCAGAUCACUCCCCAGCUUGCUCUCCAGGUGCUUCUUCAGUUUGACAAAGCUAUAAACACAGCGCUGGCACAGAGGGUCAGGAACAGAGUCAACUUCCGGGGUUCCCUCAAUACCUAUCGAUUCUGUGAUAAUGUCUGGACUUUUGUGUUGAAUGAUGUUGAGUUCAGAGAGGUUACAGAUCUGGUCAAAGUCGAUAAAGUGAAGAUCGUAGCUUGUGAUGGAAAAAAUACUGGUUCCAAUACUGCUGAAUGAAAUGAAGAUGCGAUUUGUGUGUAAAAAAAUUCUGUUUGAAGAGGAGCCCAGGCUCAUGAGGACACACUUACAGACAGGACUGUAUUUAUAAUUUAUUCCAGAGGUUUCUCUGUUGAGAUGCCCUGUAAGUAAUGGGACAGCGGGAAUAAUGGAAAUACCAGUGCCAAGUGGGUCAGGCAGGGAUUGCAAGAUUUCAUUACCUUUUUUAAUAAGAGAUUUCAAAUUCCUGGCUCAUCUUCUUUUUCUGUCUUAGUUUGUCAGUGUUCUUUUAUCCCUAAGAUUUAAUUAAUAAACUUUUAUUUAAACAGUGUCUUGAGAGAGUGUUCUGUAACAGCUAAAUGGCAUUUAGGUAAGCAUUCCACUGCCCACCUGCAAAUGUUUGGACAGAAAGGAAUAUAGUUAUGAAAAUUAAGUUAUACAUUUAGAUAAAUAUUGCAAGACUCCUCUAGCUUUUGUUACAAAUGGUCACACUUGGUAUGUACAUUCAUUAAAUAAAGAGGAAGCAGCUUCACAUGUCAUUUUAAUUUCCCUUGUUAUUUUAUGGUGCUUAAUCUUUUUGGUUUUUAAUAAAACUAUAUUGAAUUGA